GAAGCUGCGGAAAGAGAGAGACGAGGGGAAGGGAGAAGUGAGAGGGAUACACAGAGAGAAAGAGGCGAUGCUGUUGAUCCAUCCAUCCGCGCGGAGUCUUUUUGUGAUUCUUAAUCGACCUAAGUAGUCGUCUUUUACGGGAACUAAGGACUAUUUCUGUGACAGAGAGGACAGGACAGGGUGUCCAACAUUUUUUUUUAUUGGAAAAGCUUCUAAAAUCAUCCUUCCAUUUUUUUUACCUCUUUUUUUAACAUCGCUCCUUCCUCCUCCUCCUCCUCUUCCCCCUACAUCCCCUCUUCUUUAAAGAGGCCCGAGCUCGCUACGGGGUGUCUUUCAUCGCCUUUUGUUUUUUCUGUAAUUUCUUUCUUUUUUCCUUUUCUUCUUUUAUAUCCUGGCUGCUCGAGACCUCUCGAUCUCCUGGUCUUCCGCCUGCCUGCAAGCUCAAAGAGUACGAGGCACACCCCCCCUCCCUCCCACCCCCCACAGGGAGCUGUCCGGUGCUGAAGUUGCAUUUCCUUCCUUCCCUCUGCACAAGGACUAAACCGGGCAGGCAGAGGACAGGUGCAGGGACUCAAGCAGAAAAGGAAAGAACAAAUAAGAGCUGUACAACUCUUUCAGUGGAUCCAUUCAGAGCUCACACUUCCUACAAAAUCUGAAGACAAUCUUCCUCCGGUUCGUCCGCCGAGUUGGUUGGUGUGUUACGGACGGAUCACCACGCUGGCCAGUCUGUGGGCUGUGUUUGCGAGUGUGUGUUGCUGCGUUUGAGAGAGUGUGUGUCGUUGUGUUUGUUAGAGUGUGUCGGUGCCUCACCAUCAUGCCAAGGUCUUUUCUGGUGAAAAAGGUGAAACUGGAUGAUUUCUCCACCGGGUCAGAUCUAGAGAAUGCCUACCGGCACAGAACAGACCUCAGCCUCCGGCUACAUGACAAAGCUGGUUACAUCAGUGACUACAUCAGCCCUGUUGUGUAUGAUGGUGAGAGUGAUGGUGGAAUCAAGGUGCCCUCUCCUGAUCCCCUGUAUGAUGGCAUCCACAGUGACUACGGGGCUCCUGACUCCGAGUCUCCUGACAGCCCUGGCUCAGAAAUCACGGAUGGCUACAUCAACGGCGAUACUGCAGUGAGUGAGGGUUACACAGUCGAUGCCUUCUUUAUCACCGAUGGCCGCUCGAGAAGGAAAGCUCUUGGCAGCCCCAGGAGUAUCCAGAGGCACACCUGCAAUGAGUGCGGCAAAACCUACGCCACGUCUUCCAACCUGAGCCGGCACAAACAGACACAUCGUUCGCUGGACAGCAAGCUGGCAAAGAAAUGCCCGACCUGCGGGAAGGUGUACGUGUCCAUGCCUGCCAUGGCCAUGCACCUGCUCACUCACGACCUCAAGCACAAGUGUGAUGUGUGCGGGAAAGCAUUCAGUCGUCCAUGGCUUUUACAGGGUCACAUGCGCUCUCACACGGGUGAGAAACCGUUUGGGUGCGCCCACUGUGGGAAGGCUUUCGCAGACCGUUCGAACCUGCGGGCUCACAUGCAGACCCACUCGGCCUUCAAGCACUUCAAGUGCAAACGUUGCAACAAGACCUUCGCGCUCAAGAGUUACCUGAACAAGCACUAUGAGUCUGCUUGCUUCAAAGGCCCCUUCUCUCCUCUCGGCCCUCUAGAUGCAUGACAACCUAGAAUAAAUCAAACAACUGACAAAACUGCAGAAAUAAAUUACCAUAAUCCUUAAAGAGUGAACUGCAGACAAUAUAUUUUUGGUCAGAAUACGACCUUGCUUUCCUUCCUUACCCUUCCUCACGCCCCUUCUUCCUUUCCCCCACCUUACCUACUUUGGAGCCUGUCCAUGACGAUGAAUAUGAUGAAGAUAGCACAAUUUUUCUCCUUGAGAUUUGCUCACUUAAGGAUUUAACUGAUCGACGCAUGCACUUCCUCAAAAACUUUUCACCUCCUCUUCCUCUGCGUGUUCAGGAUAGAGACAUUAACACUAACACAGCUUCCUCCUGGCAUCUAGAUAUAGUAUGACAGCAUAUAUUUUGGGACAUUGAUGAAGAUGAGGAUGAUGAGAAUGAUCACAAAGACAAUAGUGAGCCUAUAGCUACUAGUUUUCUCCCUGCACUGAAACACAGUGAAUUUUUCAUUCUGAUUUUGCUUUUUUGGGAGAAUAAUAGUAAUAAUUAUAGUAAUAAUAAUGAUAAUAAUAAUGCUCAGCUGCACCAAGUGACCAUAUUCUCUCCACAACUGAGGUAAAAAUACUAUUUAUUUAUUUAUUUAUUUAUUUAUUUAUUUAGGCAAUUUCUUUUUUUUAUUUGUUGUAUCUUUAUACUUGAUUUGAUAAAACAAAGUGAUAUUGUUUAUUUGCACUUUAAGUUCUGUAUAUGUAUGUAGGAUAUUUGCCAAGCUCUUUUUACCACUACAGGCCAAAGCAUAUGUCACUUUUUUCAGUACUAUUUUUUUCCCUUAUUAUGCUGUUUACCUUUUUUUCUUAUUAACGUUACUGCAUGCAAAAAAAAAAAAGGAAAUAAUGAUAAUAAUAAUAAUGAAACCUAUGCCAACAUCAUAAAAAGCUUAUGAUUUUUGCCAAAUUCCUAUAGAUAGAACCCGAGGGCAAUAUUUUUCUCUUGGAGCCUCCAUAGGACUCUUUAAAAGCAAUAAUCACCUAAUGCAUGGUAUUUUAUGAUGAAGUUAUGAAGUAUUACCUACUACUGUAUAGCAGUUUAAAAAUCAGGUAUGUUUUACUUCACCUAUAGUCAUAAACAGAAAACUACUAAUAUUACAGACAUCAGGGAACAUGCCAAUGUAGUGUUAGAGUAACAAAAAGAAAAGUCCUGUCUUUCCUCUCUUGUUAUGCACUGCCUGCCUCUUAGUGAGUAGAACUAAUGUAGGAUGUAGGCUAGAGAGGCUGGGAUCAGCUGCCUGCUGGGUGCGAGGCCUAUUGAAGAAUAACUUGUGUCUAACGAUGACAGACUUGUGCUAAGCUAACUAACGUUAAACAUACCUGCUAACAACAACUAAUAGGGGAGUCAUUUUCUUCAAACAGAAGAAGUCAUUUAAUUCUUAGUACGCUUUCAGUAGGAAACCUUUAAAGCUUGAUGCAUUGCUGAAGUUGGACUGAGGUCAACUUUGUCUGGAAUGCAUUAUUCAGCAACCCCUUCAGAGCACUUCCGCACCAUAAAUCGUGCAUUCUUCAACCACAGAAGCAGCUUUGGCUGGAUGGUCUGAUUACAGCUCAGCUGUUACAGUCCCAUUCUCUAGCUGCGUGAGACAGAGUCCUGAUUAUUCUGCAGUAGGCCUUGUUCAUCCCCACUGGGCCGACCAUAGGCUAACUCUAGGAGUGGCAUACCUACAGACGGGCUAACUCUAAUCAACCCUGACCCCAUAGAUGAUUUACCUUUUGAUCUUGGUGGUCAGCACCAGUGUUGCUGAACCCAGUUCUCUGCAGCUCAGAAACCUUUUCUACAGAUUCAUGGAGCUUCCCAGGAGACAGACUGAGAACACACAGAUAUUCACAAAAUGUUUAGUUUUUUUAAGAUUCUUUUUAGCCAUCCUAAACAGCAUGUUCUUAUUGUAAGCUUGCACAGAAACAUUCAAGUAAUAUUUGUGUACAAGUGCAUGGGUGCAUGCAAGCACAAGCAAGCUAGCAGAUCAGCCAUUAUCGGCAUCACAAAAUCUGUCAAGCUUUAGCAAAUAAAAAGAAAAAAAUUUUGAAUUCAGAUAUACAUAUUUGACAAAGGAAGCUUUGAUCAUUUUCCUGCUUCCUAAGGAAUGAGGAAUAUUUAGGGACAACAGUUAUGGUGGCUCAUUACCUAACUAACAUGUAAAAGACUAGUUGCAGUUUGCAAGUUAAAAACUCUACAACAUGUCAGGGUUUUUUUUUCUGCAUGAGACUACAAACAAACUUUGUCUGUUACAAUUACAAUUUUUCAAAACCUGCAAUGUGGCUCACAAGCACAGAGAGGAACAUUUUCUUGUCUUGACUGUGGCAGUCAAUACAUGCAGACCUUAGCUAUGUCACUGAAGUAUGAGCAACGUUUGAGCUGCAAUUACUUGAAUGAUGUGAGAUGACUGGUAAGUUGUUAGGACUUACAUCCCUUUAAUGUAUCUGAUCUAUCAAAGAGAAGAAAAACACCACCAAAAUUUUUAAGAUGCAUCUCAAAGAUAUUGUUAAAUUAUAAAAGAAUACAUUUGCAAGUCAACAUUUAUGACCACGAUAUCUCUAAUUACUGAUUACUAAUUACAAACAGGAUUAUUGUGUGCUAAAACUCAAGUUGCAGUUUUGCCUGCAGUCUACAUGUCUCGUGGGUAUUUGGUUUAAGUUGUGUGGCUGUUCAGUGGUUUUAAAGCAGGAAAGCUACAUUGUGAGUCUGUUUGCUUGUGUCUGUCUCUGGGUGAGCUCCGGGUCUGCUCUCUUUUAAGCACUUCCAUUGUAGUCAUCUCCACCUUAAAGAAAGUAGCACAAUAAAACUAACUAGAAUUCAGGUAGAGAAAAGAAAAAUAACAAUAAAAGAACAAAAAAACUUGUACUAGCUUGACUCUCUUCUUUUUUGUAUUUCCAAGUUAAAGAAUGAUAACCUAAAUAAUCAUUUAUUGCAAGAGGGUUUGUAAAGAAUCCUUUGAAUUGAGACAUUUUUACUGCUGUAUAGCGAUAUCUGACACACCUUAUCACAGGAGAUUGAGAUCUCUGUUGCAGAGUGAGGAUCUCCUGUGUUUUUUUGAGCCAGUAUUCAGACAAUGUAAGCACAAUGAACACAAAGCAUUUUGUGGCACUUCAUAAUAAAGAAUAAUCUUAACCAA